GUUCCAUCUGCUGUAGCUAUUAAUCCUCCUUGUCUGUCUCCUUCCACCUACUCCUCUCCCAUCAUAAGCUACCCUUUGCUACUUUACCUACUAUAGUUGAUAUUGCUUGUGGCUUUUUGAAUCUAAUCCUCCCCCAUUCCUGAAUCCGCUCUUUUUAUCACCUUCGUUAGGCACUCUUUGUGCUCAGCCUCUUUCGAACGAUCACCAUCACUUCUAUCUUUACAUCGCCCCGUAAAGAUACGGUACCUAUGGCGUGGUUUACAGCAUCGAACUCGUCUCUUGACGACCAAGUCGAGAAAGCUACAUCUUCGAGCUUAGAGGAUAUGGCACUCAACCUAGAAAUCUCCGACAUCAUACGGAGUAAGACGGUUCAACCAAAAGAAGCUAUGCGCUCUUUGCGGAAGCGAAUAGGACAUCGUAAUCCUAAUGUUCAGCUAGCGGCUCUAAGUCUUACAGAUACCUGCGUCAAAAAUGGAGGAUCCCACUUUUUAGCCGAAAUUGCCUCACGGGAAUUUAUGGACAAUCUGGUUUCUCUACUAAAAGUUCCUUAUUCACUAGACCCCAAAGUUGAGAGCAAGAUACUAGAGCUCAUACAAACCUGGGCAUCUGCGUUUGAAGGGAAGAGCCAUCUUUCAUAUGUCGGGGAGAUAUAUCGAAUGCUCAUAAAUGAGGGUUUUAACUUCCCACCACCAACAAAGGUUUCCUCAUCAUUUGUUGACUCUUCGGCGCCUCCUGACUGGACUAAUUCAGAUGUUUGUAUGCGGUGUCGAACACCUUUUACUUUCACUAACAGAAAGCAUCAUUGCCGCAAUUGCGGAAAUGUUUUCUGCGGUUCUUGCUCCUCGAAGUCGAUACCACUCCCUCACAUAGGAAUAAUACAGGCCGUUCGUGUGUGCGAUGGAUGUAACACUAAAUUGACCGAGAAGCGGGUCUUGGGCCCUUCAGCGAAACCGCAGUCUCGUCCGCCUCAAGUGCAGAAGCAAAAACCAAAUAAUCUUAUGCAGCCGAGAAACGCUAGGGUUGAGGACGACGACGAUGAGGACCUCAAAAUGGCGUUGAAGAUGUCGUUGGAAGAAGUUAAGGGAAGGGGAAGUGCGGGUUAUGUUUCCCAACAGCAGUUACAAGCUCAGAGACAAACCGCUCCACCUCAUGCUAUGCCUGACGAGGACGAGGAUGAGGAGUUGAAGGCGGCGAUCGCUGCGAGUUUGAAGGAUAUGGAGGAGCAGAAAGCAAAGUCUGCGUGGUCGAGCCCGAGUGCCGCAGUCAAGUACACUGCUUCGGCUUCACAAGCAAGUGUCACCCAUAGACCUGAUCACGAACUGAGCCCUGCUGAGGCCGAAAACAUCAAUCUUUUUGCCACGCUUGUUGAUCGACUGCAAUCCCAACCGACUGGGACAAUCCUCAGAGAACCCCAGAUUCAAGAGCUUUAUGACAGCAUUGGUGCUCUAAGGCCAAAAUUGGCCCGAACCUUUGGUGAGACCAUGAGUAAAUAUGAGGCUCUAUGUGAUCUACACGCAAAACUUGGUACUGUUGUACGCUAUUAUGACCGGAUGUUGGAGGAGAGGUUGAGCUAUACCUAUGGUCGGCAUGGGAUCGGGGGAGUUUCUUCCCCCGCUCCUUACCAACAACUCCCCCCUUCGAAUAGUGCGUAUCCUACUUUGCCUUCUGUUGAGGGCUAUUAUGGAGUUGGUGGGGGUAACACACCAGGAGCUCCACAAAAUCCCUACCCCAAUUCGCAGACGAAUUAUCAGAAUUAUUAUACGCAGCCUCAUACUUUUGAUAAGCAGGGAUCUUCUCUUCACGCUCAGUCGCCCAAAUCUCAUAAGAUUCCUCCGCAGGCAGCUUACCAGCAAUACAACGGGCACAAUGGCCCCCUACCAUCAGAACCUAGUGCUCCUGACCCUUCACUGCAUGGUUCCGAACCUCCGGUAAAUGCUCCACCCCCACAACAGCAACAACAGCCCCAGCAACAACAGCCGCAAUCGCAACUACAGCCCCAGCAACCGCUGACGGGACCAUCAGCCCAACCUCAGAAACCCCCUUCGCAACAGCAUCACUCUCCUCCGCAGCAAAAUCCGGAUGCAUCAUACUGGCAAUAUCCAAAGAAUGGACAACAGCCUGAAUAUAAUUACGCCUAUUCGCCAUCUUCACAGCCUCUACGAUGGCAGCCUGGGCCCGGUACCGGCCCUGGGGGAACUCCAUUCGGGCACCAUAAUUAUGGAUACCCGAAUAUCAAUGAGGCUUCAACCCCAGCGCCUGUGCAUAGUCAGCCACAGCAACAGCCCAAGGUAGUGGAGGAGAGCUUGAUUGAUUUGUAGGAUAUAUUUGGAGCCGUUCACUUUUCUUUUUUUACGGUGGUUCUUUUAAUUUCUUUACUCUCUUACUUUAGGGCAUUGUUUGAAGAGGGAGGGGUGGGAGUUCCCGUACUGGCAGCUUGGUUCCUGUAAUUUAUGGAAAUGCUAUAACUUGAAAAAUGA